AAUGAGAGGGUCAGUGAUGGAAGGUGCAGCGAUGCCAGUUCACUUCACGUGGAUCUUUCCAGUCUUGUGACCUGGGCACACUCUCAUGGGACCAUAUGCAAUCAAAUCCCUGCCUUGGGAAUUGUACAGAACAUGGGUUAUCCUAGCAAGGACAAUUCCGUUCUGUGGAUAUGUGGAGUUGGACAUGCGUAUCACUGGCAAUGUGGAAAACUGUAUGUCAGAAGAAGAGAAGAGAAUGAAACUGUAGAAAUGAGAAAGAGGUCAGCGUCUUCUGAGGCUUCAUCAAGGGAAGAUAAUUUACAUGAAAAGAGGUUCAGGAUGACCCCAUCUUUUAAGAGGGCAAAGGCAGAGGCUGCCAGCACAGGGUCAUGUAGCAGAUCUCCAGGGGUCACUCAGCAGAGAGACAACAUAGUCUACAUAAUACAUAAUGAACCAUUACCCGAAGAAAUUAUAAAAAAUAGCAAAUCCGUGAAAUCAUGCUUUGGAGCAGAGCAGCACUUGUCACUGUCUGGUGGUGAGGUCAAAACUGACAGACAUAAGGUGAAGCUAGAAAGCAAUGAUGAUUUACAAAUCCUCUCUGAUGAAGACCAGCGUGUGUCAGAUGAAGACGACCAAGGAGACAGAAUCAACCAGCACGUUCUGUCAGAAGCACCAGUUCAAGGUGUAACUGCCGAGGUAGAUUUGCAAAUGCAUCGCAGUCAGAAGACGGCACUGAAAAAACAAACAGCUCUGCAUGGUAGCGUGCAGAUUCACAGCCCAGUGAGAAGGAGCGAGCAGGAGGCCGUCCUGCCCCUCUCCAGGCUGGCGCUGCCCGGGCGUGCUGGCUGGCUGGUUGGGAACACAGAUGUGUCGAAGAAGUGGGAGAAAAAGAGAAGCCGUAACUCUGCUGAUAUAAAGAUUUUCAAAGACUGGCUGGUUUUACAUUGCCCUUCUGAAACGCGCGAGAUCUAUGAGCUGCCACCCGAAGACCUCGACAAUUACUUAGCCUCGUUCUACAGUUCUACAAAGAGACAGAACGGCGCAGAUUUUUCCGCCAGUUCUUUGCACUUCUUGCAGAGCAACAUAGAGAGAUACCUCAAGGAUCACAACUACGAGUACAGUGUGGUUAAAGGGUUGGAAUUCAGAGCGUCUCAGGAAGCCUUGAAACUAAAGCACCGGCAGCUAUCCCAAAAACAGAGGGAGGGAGAGUGGAGUAUUUUGGAGAACCUGACAGAGGAAGACGUGGAAAGUCUUCGUAGGAGUGGGCUUCUGAGUAAGGCGCACCCUCAGGCCUUCUUGUACCUCAUGUUGACAAACAUCGUCAGGGGGUUUGGGGCGGGUACACACAGGCAGAGCCAUAAUCUGUACUGGGGACAGCUUGUGCUAAAGAAGAGCGAGGGAGAGCUGGAGUACUUGGAGUGGAAGGACAAUCUGAGUGCAGAGGUAAACACAGAGGAGUUGGGUCCACGUCUCUUUGCCAAGCCUGACAAUCCAGAGCACUGUCCGGUCGCGGAUUACAAGGACUACGCCAAGAGGAGGCCGUUGGAUAUGCUUCAUGACUACGAUCCACUUUAUCUAGCUCCCAAGCCUCUGUGCUCCAUAUGGGACCAAAUAUGGUACUGCAGGAAGUCUCUGGCAAAAGCCAAACUGGAAAAGAUCUUGAAAGUCAUUAUCCAGCAAGUCAGAGGAUCUGUAAAGUCCAAGAAAUAA